AUGACACCAGCCCGGCCACGGAGAGACGCCUAUCGACACCGGCCCGAGACGCCUCAUGACACCGGCCCGGCCACGGAGAGACGCCAAACAACACUGGCCCGGCCACGGAGAGACGCCCAUCGACACCGGCCCGGCCCCGGAGAGACGCCAAACAACACCUGCCCGGCCACGGAGAGACGCCUCACGACACCGGCCCGGCCAUGGAGAGACGCCAAACAACACCGGCCCGGCCACGGAGAGACGCCUAUCGACACCGGCCCGAGACGCCUCAUGACACCGGCCCGGCCACGGAGAGACGCCAAACAACACUGGCCCGGCCACGGAGAGACGCCUAUCGACACCGGCCCGGCCCCGGAGAGACGCCUCUUGACACCAGCCCGGCCACGGAGAGACGCCUCACGACAGCGGCCCGACGCUGGAAUGAUAAUCACGGUCGUGUUUGUUGUGGUGUUGUCGCUGCACAGACUUGUCGCGUUGGCCACUUCAGAUCUGCAUUUCCAUUCUCGCUCCCGUUUCCCACUGCACUUACGCAGCGCAGACAAAAGCAGUGAUUUGUGA